UGUUCAUUGAUUCGAAAAUAAAAUUCAACACUCUCAUCUUCUCUCUUGAAAAUGGCGAUCUCAGCUCCGCCGCUGCUUCUCCUCAUCCUCUCCCUUCUGGCAGUCACCUCCUCCGCCCGCCCCUGCAGAACUUUUUUCUACUUCUCCGCCACAACCACCUAUUAUCCCCACCACUCCCUCCCGGCAAACCCUAACGCCCAAAAUCCCCACUAUGUCGCCUUCAUCUUCAGCACCACCACCCACAAACCCUUCUCUUCCCACCGCCCGUCGCUCAAUUUCAAAUCCGAUCUCUCCGAUUCUCACUCAUCAUCAUCCGGUUUCCCCCUCAAUUUCUAUUCCACCGUUUCGAGCUCCAUUCGCGACCGCACCAAGGAUAUCCUGAGCGUGGUAGGCGCGCUGCUCUUCGGCGUCGGCUGCGGGGCCCUCACCGGAGCCCUGAUGUACUUCCUGUGGGCCCGCUUCGAUUUCGACGACGAGGAGGAGGAGGAGAAGAAAUUGGGAUACGUUGCGAUCCCUGCGAUGGCCGAGAAUCAUGCUAAGGAGGUGGUUUGAUGAUGACGAUUAAAUUGAAAUCAGUAUAUAUACAUAUAUGUGUGUGUUUUGUGAAUUUGAAUACGCUAUUGCUACUUCAUAUUGGGAAUUGAUGACUAUGAUCCAGUAUGUGAGCUUUAUGUUUACCGCUAAUAUUUAUCCUUUAUGAACCUGUGUGGUGGAUGUUGAAUAAAGCUGGAUUAUCUAUGUUUUUUAUGUAA